GUUGAGGGAGGGCAGUGUGGGACCGGGGUUUGUGCAGCGCUCUCGGCCGGGCCGGCUCUGCCGGCGCCUAUGGCGACGGCACGGAGCUGCAACGGGUACGCACGGCGGGAGGGACCGCCAUCCCCCACGCUGGGCACGGAGAAGCCGCGUGUGUCCGCCGCUAGCGGCGGCAGCGGGGACGGAUGGCGGGGCGAGCGGCCCCGCAGCGAGGAGGACAACGAGCUGAGCCUGCCCAGCCUGGCGGCCGCCUACACCACCAUCCUGAGGGCGCUGGGCGAGGAUCCCGAGCGGCAGGGGCUGCUGAAGACGCCCUGGAGGGCGGCCACCGCCAUGCAGUUCUUCACCAAGGGCUACCAGGAGACCAUCGCGGAUGUUCUGAACGAUGCCAUCUUUGACGAAGACCACGAUGAGAUGGUAAUUGUGAAGGACAUAGACAUGUUCUCAUUGUGUGAGCAUCACCUCGUUCCAUUUGUUGGAAAGGUACAUAUUGGCUAUCUUCCUAACAAACAAGUACUUGGCCUCAGCAAGCUUGCUAGGAUUGUGGAGAUAUACAGUAGAAGACUACAAGUCCAGGAACGCCUUACCAAACAAAUUGCAAUAGCCAUCACAGAAGCCUUACAGCCUGCUGGAGUUGGAGUGGUGAUUGAAGCUACGCAUAUGUGUAUGGUAAUGCGUGGGGUACAGAAAAUGAACAGUAAAACUGUAACCAGCACAAUGUUGGGGGUAUUCCGGGAAGACCCAAAGACCCGUGAGGAGUUCUUGACACUCAUCAGGAGCUGAAACUGUUAUUCUCUAAAUGCACUCUGGAGGUUGUUCUGUCCAGUGUCGCCGUCUGUUCUUACUUGUUCCUACGUCGCACUCUUAAAUUAAAUGGUCGUGAGUUGUUGUCAUAGUCUUUGUUCAGUAAAAGACUUGUGAUGGCAAAUGAGAAAUGUCAUGAUGAGGUUGGCUGCUCCUGGAUCACCAACUGAGCUGAUAUUGCAGAACUACAGGCUACGAAGAAGGGGUUGAAUGGUUCUUUACACCUACCAUGCAGAGCACACUGCUGUGAGGGGGAAAGCGUGCUUUGGCAAUGAAAUGGGUAUUUGUGAAGUAAUAAUGUUAGUGGAGUAAACGUGGUGCAGCACUGGAAGCAAACGGCUGUGGAUCCUUGUAGGACAGCUUACAUGCUGCCAAUACUGCACCUCUGGUGAGAAGGAUGGUUCUGAAUUGUCUCUGGGUCGUUAUUACAAGUCCUGCAGUGGCUUUGUCAGUGUCUGGAUAUGUCUGUUAUACCUCCUUGAGAUGUUACCUCUGGUGGUGUUUUAUAUUCUUGCUAGUAUUAACUCUGUCGUACUUGAGAAUUUAAAACACAUUUUUCCUAACCUCUUAACAUGCAGGGAAUUCACUUCUAAAUGAUUUGGAACGCAGUUUUAUCUCAAUAUAUAAAGGGUUUAUGCACCUUUCUCUCUGUGCCUCAGGAUGUCUCACCGCUUUAACUGUCAGUUUCGUACUAUUUUUAAGCAAACCCUAAUGGGGUUUUGGGAGGAAGACCCAGAAUUUGUCUGCAAAGAGCUCAGAUAUCCAAAGAGGUAUUUCUCCCUGUCUUUAAGUUUUCCCCCUUGGAUUUCCAUCAGUCAGACUGAGAAGCUAGAUCUGGUUUGAUCUCAAAAUGAGGAUUUCUCUUCAAGCAUUCCAAGGUUUGCAUCAUGAAUGUUGGACCAAAGGUGAGCACUGAAAUCCUGAGCAGAGCACGUUGUGUUUGUGCCUGAUGGCAGUUCAUUCUGGGGCAAAGCAACCUGAAAUUACAGCUUAUUUUAUAAGAGCAAUUGAGAAAAGCAUUUCCAGGGGCGUCAAAAUGAAUUAAACUGCAGUUUUCUGUCUAUGUGGCAACCUCUGUAUGUGGCAGCGUUGGUACAGAAAGUUUUAGGCAGCUGAACUGACUUGAACUGCUUAUACUCUGUUAGGAUUUUAAUGGGAGUUGUGUAACUCUUAAUUGGGAAAACAUGAUGUGCAAUUGAAAGCCACCCUCCUUAAACUAAGGACAGGAGACAAAACAAAGGCAAUGCCAGCUGUGCUGUGGGAUGCCUGCAGUGCAGGUCCCCAUAGUCACCCUGGCUUUGCUGAAUAUGAAUCCCAAGGUGUUCAGCUAACCUGAAUCGUAGUUCCUGGUUGGCAAGCUAGACCUGUUGAGUUAGGUGCUAUGGAACUGUCUGCUAUCAUGAACAAGCUGUGCUGCACACUUACAAAAUACACUAAUUCUAUGGCUUUAGUUCUCCUUAUUGACAGACAGCAGAUCCUGCCUCUCUCAAGUUCAGCGUUGGUUUCACACAUCCAGAUGAAAAGCCUUAAGUCUUUCUUGCUUGAAGUUCAAUGUAAAACUCUCUCCUUUUUAGGUUGGAAGGAGAACUUGGGGACCAAAGAGGUGCACAGAAAUGUAUUUGUUUCUCUCUGCUUGCUUUAGUUGUUUGAAGUUAAGGCUUUGUAAAACACAAUCUUACUCCUGAGGUAGUGAAAUGGUUGUGUUUUAACCACUUAUCUCUAUUCAGGAUAAAGUUCAUAUUUCACCACUGCUGUUUUUUAUUUCUGUGUGACCUGUAGUCUUUAAAACAUACCUCUAUACUUGUGGCCUUGGAUUUUGUUCCCUAUUUGUUGUAAGACUGGUGCACUUUUUUUGGAACAUGUCAAAUACAUCAGCUUUAAUGACAA